GAGUAAGGUGAAGAAAUAUGCUUUGUUUAGCUGCGAUAAAGGUUUCAAGUUGGUUGGAAGUCGUGUUCGAGUCUGUGAAAAGCACGGCAGGCAAUAUCGAUGGGAUGGAUCAGAUGCAACGUGUCUAGCGAUCAAUUAUUGUGAACAAUCCCUUUGUUUUAACGAUGGUUCAUGUACUGAAGAAGGGGACGGGUAUACUUGCAUCUGUCCAAGUGGUUUUACUGGAGAUCAUUGCGAGACAGAUAUAAAUGAUUGCUCACCGGACCCUUGUUCACCUGGAGGGACAUGUAUUGAUGGAGUCUAUAGUUAUACAUGUGUAUGCAAACCUGGGUAUACAGGUGACAAUUGUGACAUAGGAAUACCAACCCAUUUUCAAAAUAAUGACGAUAUCGGUAAACUGAUUCGCAUGGCCCAAGAAAACAUUUUGAAGCGGAAUGAAGAGAACAAACAAGCUAGAAUGCAAGGGAAGUCGGUUGGAUCUGCUGAGUGGAUUCGACAGGGUCAAGACACAGUCAACUAUGCCGCAAACCGGGGUCUUAAUACGAAUCUCGCCAAGAAUGUGAUCAUAUUUAUUGGCGACGGAAUGGGUCUCACCACGAUGUCGGCUGCUAGGAUUCUCAGAGGACAACAGUUAGGAGGAACUGGGGAAGAACAUCAACUAAGCUGGGACAAAUUUUCCCACAGCAUGUUGGCAAAAACUUAUUCAGUGAAUGGACAAACCCCCGACUCGGCCUCAACAGCCAAUGCUAUGUUGACGGGUGUAAAGACGAGCGACUAUGUGAUAGGAGUAGAUGAGGAAGUAGUCCCACAGAUGUGUGACACUGUCGCUGGGCAUGAGGUGGACUCAAUUCUUAGGUGGUCAAAGAGAGAAGGUAAAGCAGCUGGCUUGAUCACGACAACAAGGCCGAGUCACGCCACCCCAGCUGCGGCGUUUGCACACUCCCCAUAUCGAUACUGGGAAGGAGACCAUCAAGUACCAGAGUCGGAAGAGACACAGUGUCCUGAUAUUACAAAGCAACUCGUUGUCAAUAAUACUGAUAUUGAGGUUAUAUUGGGAGGCGGACGUUCGUACUUCAUGAAUGAGAACCAAGAGGACCCGGAAUAUCCCCUGAAAUCCGGUUUCAGAGAGGACGGCAGGGAUCUUAUUCAGGAAUGGUACGAUCAUAAGUUGAGUAUCAAUCAGAGACCAGCCUAUGUUUGGAAUAUAUCAGCAUUCAAUGAGGUGGACCCAGCCAACACAGAUUACCUCAUGGGUUUGUUUGAACGCAAGAGCAUGCAUAAUGAUGCUGACAGAAUAAGUGGUGACAUCGCUGGAGAGCCAUCGAUCUCUGAAAUGACACAAAAAGCAAUCGAAAUACUAAGCAAAAAUGAAAAUGGAUUCUUCUUGUUAGUAGAGGGUGGACUUAUUGACGCUGAACACCAUGCCGGUAGGGCAGCACGUGCCCUUCUAGAGACAAUUGCCCUUGAUCGUGCUGUUGAGACCGCUGUCAACAUGACCAGCGAAAAUGAUACUCUUAUUUUGGUCACUGCUGAUCAUGGACACGUAAUGGCAUUUGGUGGAUACAGUGAAAGAGGAAAUCCCAUUUUGGGCAAAACACUUUCUGAUGCAGCUGAUGGCAAACCCUACACAACUCUGACGUAUGG